AUGGGUGCUUCCACAAGAGUAAAUGUUGGCCUCACUAGCAAAGAUGGGCGAAAGAGAAUUCUCAAUGUUUAUACUACAUUACAGAAACUCUCGGUUGGUCUCGUCCAUCAAUACGUGGAUGAUGUACCUCUUCAAUGUACGCUAACCACGAGAGAAGGCCGUACGUAUGAGUCGAUACCGAUUCAAUUUUGGCGGUCACAUGUGGUUGGUGAAUGUGAGGAUUUGGUUCGGGCACUAUUGAUAUAUAAUGAAACUACGUACGAAGUUGAAAUUAUUGUUGGCCAUGGCAAAGUUUUGAUGCAAAAUAAUCAUGCUAGGGAAUUUGUCGACAUUAGUGGAAUCGUUGAGGGCUCGAUGUGCUCAUUCACUAUGGCUCGUUAUUAUUGUGCUUGUUUUGAGGUUACCAUUACAUGA